AUGUUUGAAGCAUGUCUGGUAACUGGUCUGUUGCACAGGUCUUGUGUGGACCAUGGGGCUCAGUCUCAGAGGCAGCUUUUCUUCCUGCGGUCUCUGGGUUUGAAGGACCAUCAAGACCAGCAGAGGCAGACCAGAGAGGAGGACCUGUGUCUGAACGGGAGGCAGGAGGCCGAGCUUCACCUGGACGACCAUGUGACCAUCAAAUACCAGCGGGGGCCAGUACUACUGGGUCAGCCAAUCAGAGUGUCCGUGCGUCUGCGAGCCAACUUCAGCCACGACUUUGUCAUCGUCAGGUUGCAGGUGCAGAAGGGGCUGGUGUCUCUCGUGGCUCAGAGGACUCUGACCUCUGACCUUUGGGCCGUGACCUUGGACUCAUCACAGUCUGAGGACCACGACGAGCUGUCAAUCCUCUGCCACAAGCACAAGACUGAGGCUGAUCCUACCUCACUCCAGCAGGUGGUGUGCUUGUCUGUGGAUGGUCUGAGGAGGAGUUUCGGCGUGGCCAUGUCGGUGCGAGCGCAGUGGUGGCUGGAGUACUCUGGUCACUCCCUCCCUCCACCACACGGGGCAGGAGAGAGCAUAUUCACGUUCACAGACAGAGACAUCCUCGGCAUCGCCCCCAUCACCGAGGUAAUUAUUCACAUAGUGUGCCGCGGGCAGGACCUGGGCUCUCGCCUCCGCCCUGUUCCCAUGUCGCCCUCUGACUUUUUGGACAAACUCAUGGGAAGAACGUCCGGCUACGACGCCCGCAUCAGACCCAACUUUAAAGGUCCCCCAGUGAACGUCUCCUGCAACAUCUUCAUCAACAGUUUUGGAUCUAUUGCUGAGACCACGAUGACGGUGAGGACUUCCCCAGACAGAGAAAGGAGCUCUCAAAAUUGGGCUUUAAGGAACCCGUGCAUAGCCAAAGAACCAGGGCUCCUAUUCCACCAGUCUCCAGCGUUCUGGACAGCGUUCAGUGUUCUGGACAGCGUUCUGGACAGCAUUGACAGCGUUCUGGACAGCGUUCUGGACAGCGUUCUGGGACAGCGUUCUGGACAGCGUUUGGACUGA